AUGAAUACUAAGACACCAAUUAAAGAUUACACAGCGUCGUUGUAUAGACUUAGUGCAAAAUGGUUGACUACUCCUUAUGAAAAUCCAACAAAGUCAAACUUAAAAAUUGCAUUAACUUUAAGAAAUGUUUUCAUUUGGUUGAUUUUGAUUAAUGUGAUCAAUUAUAAUUUAAGAAUUGUUGUAAAUUUUGGUAACAUUGAUGUUGUUCAAGUGUUGGGUAAACAGAAAGGGAAUAAUUUAGUACCACAAAUGGUAGUUGACAAUGAAGAUGAUUUAAAACAAAGAAAGAAAUUGGAGAAUAUAUUAAUUGGAAUGUAUGUUAGAAAUGAAGAAGUUUAUUUGAAAAAUAUUGAUCUUACAACUGUUUAUUCAAAAGUUUAUCUAAAACUAUCUGAUUAUAAAGUUAGACUAAUAAUGGAUGAAGGAUUAGUAAGCUCAGAUAAUUUUAAGUAUGACGAUGAUAAGAAAAUCACUUCAAUAAUCAAUUGGAUUCUACCUUCGGAUUUUCCUAUAUUCAACAUUAUGAAAAAUCAAAAUUCAAUAUCUAGGUUUUUAAGACUACAUUUGAAUAAGUUAUUCCCUUUAAAUAGUAAUCAUCAAGUAAUUAUCAAACAAAUAAAUCAAGUUUAUAAAAAUUUAAUAAUUGGAAAAUUUAUAAUUUUAAUCAACUCAAUAAUCAUCUUGUCAAUUUAUAUACUAAUGUACUAUUGUCCUAAAAGAUUAAGUUACCACUAUAUAAACUUGUUUGCUUUAUAUUUCAUGAAUUUUUUUAAUUGUGCAGUGGUUUUGAUGAUGAUCAUAAGUAGACAGAAAAUAACAUCAGUGAAAGACCAUCAAUUGGGAUUGUUAAUUGUCGAACUAUUUUCAAUUUUGGGUUUCAAUUUGGUUUUCUAUCAAUCACAUGAUUCCAUCAUGAACACUUAUUUUGUACAAUUCACUCCUACAGCUUCAUCAAUCUAUUCAGAAAAAGAAGAUGAUAUUGACACAUCUGGUAAUAAUAAUGUUGACAAAGUUGGAGAUCCCGAGAUACCAUCAACAACAGCUGGGUUGACUGGUAGAACUGCAACUAGAAAUUUAAGAGCUAAUCCACAGAAUGAUAGGAAAUUCAAUUACACAACUAAUAAUAAAAAUUUACCAAAUAGCCCCAAAAGUCCUUAUGAAUAUCAAAAGUCGGAAUUUGAACAAAGAAGAAGCGCUACAGCACCAAUAUUGUCGUCAAUUACACUGACUAGAUCCCCAAAUUACACGGAAAUUUGA